AACAGGUCCAUGAAUUAUAUUUAUUUAGCGUAAAAAGAAACUUUUUUGGUUUUUUACUCGUGAGUUUCAAAUUUUAGAAAAAGGGAAUUAUUAGUGAAGUGAUGGAAAAGGAACAGCAGAGUAGUAUGCCCAUUACUUCACAGGUUGUAAGAGGGCCUUGAAAAUUGUUAAGAAGACGACAAUUUGAGAUAAUUCCAAGUAUCCCCAUGUGGAAUUCUUCCUUUUUACUAGCUUAUCUUCUUCUCCUUCUGCUUGAAUUUAGUGUCAGAAAACUCUAAUUCUUUGUAGCUUCUCACCAUGUGGGAAUCAGAGAGUGAGUCUGUCAGUGGAAGAGACUAUGGAAAUGGAGUUCUCAGUAACAGCAAACAUGGAGUCAAGACUGAUGGUUUUGAGCAAAAAGGACACUCUUGGUAUGUAGCAACUGAUAUUCCCAGUGACCUUUUAGUUCAAAUUGGAGAUGUUAGUUUCCACUUACACAAGUAUCCUUUGCUUUCUAGAAGUGGAAAAAUGAACAGAAUCAUAUAUGAAACAAGGGAUGAAGAAUUGAGCAAAAUAGCUUUAAAUGACUUACCGGGUGGAUCUGAGGCAUUUGAGUUAGCUGCAAAAUUCUGUUAUGGAAUUGCUGUUGAUCUCACAGCAACCAAUAUCUCUGGUCUACGAUGUGCAGCAGAGUACCUAGAAAUGACUGAGGACUUAGAAGAGGGAAACCUAAUAUUCAAGACUGAAGCUUUUCUCAGUUAUGUGGUUUUAUCAUCAUGGAGGGACUCCAUACUCGUAUUGAAGAGUUGUGAAAGGUUAUCACCAUGGGCAGAAAACCUCCAAAUCGUUAGAAGGUGCAGUGAAUCAAUUGCAUGGAAAGCGUGCGCCAAUCCAAAAGGAAUAAAAUGGCAAUACACUGGAAAACUCCCUAGUGUUUCCAGCCCUAAAUGGAAUGAAAUGAAGGAUUCCAGUCCAAGCAGAAACCAGCAAUUAGUACCCCCUGAUUGGUGGUUCGAAGAUGUCUCUAUUCUCAGGAUUGAUCACUUUGUCAGAGUGAUUACUGCUAUUAAGGUAAAGGGCAUGAGACAUGAACUGAUUGGUGCUGUCCUUAUGCACUAUGCUGCUAAAUGGCUCCCGGGGCUAAUUAAAGAAGGAUCGGGAUCGUUGGAUGAUUGUAGCAAUAGCAGUACUAGUAAUGGCAGUAGCAGCAGUAGUUGGAAAGGAGGUCUUCAUAUGAUAGUGUCAGGAUCUAGAGAUGAAGUACCAACUGUUCAGGCCAAAGAUCAGAGGAUGAUUAUUGAAAGCCUAAUUAGCAUUAUCCCACAACAGAAGGACAGUGUUUCAUGUAGCUUCCUUCUUCGUCUUUUGAGAAUGGCAAACCUGAUGAAAGUGGCUCCUGCACUUGUAACAGAAUUGGAGAAACGAGUCGGGAUGCAAUUUGAGCAGGCUACAUUAGCUGAUCUACUCAUACCAUCCUACAAUAAAAGCGAUACAUUGUAUGAUGUUGAUCUUGUUCAGAGGCUUUUGGAACAUUUCUUGGUUCAAGAGCAAACAGAAAGUUCAAGCCCUAGUAGAAGUUCAUUCUCUGAUAAGCAUAUGCAUGAAGCAAAUCAAAGGGGUACUAAUCUCAAUGCCAAGAUGAGAGUAGCAAAGCUUGUAGACAGUUAUCUCACAGAAGUAUCCAGAGAUAGAAAUCUUUCCUUGACAAAAUUUCAGGUCUUGGCUGAGGCUUUGCCUGAAUCAGCAAGAACUUGUGAUGAUGGAUUGUAUCGAGCAAUUGAUUCAUAUCUGAAGGCCCAUCCAACUAUCUCAGAACAUGAAAGAAAGCGGCUCUGCAGGGUGAUGGAUUGCCAAAAACUGUCUAUUGAUGCUUGCAUGCAUGCUGCUCAGAACGAAAGGCUUCCACUAAGAGUAGUGGUGCAAGUGCUCUUUUCUGAGCAGGUGAAGAUCAGCAAUGCAAUAUCUAGCAGCUCACUCAAAGAUGCAGGAGAUUCUCAUUAUCAACCCCUAGUAUCAAACCGCAAAUCAUUGCUGGAAGCAACACCACAAUCAUUUCAAGAGGGAUGGACUACAGCCAAAAAAGACAUCAACACUCUUAAGUUUGAACUCGAGACAGUGAAAGCUAAGUACCUACAACUCCAAAAUGACAUGGAUAACUUACAGAGACAGUUCGAUAAGGUCACAAAACCAAAACAAGGGUCGGGUUGGACUGCAGGAUGGAAAAAGUUAAGCAAGUUCACCAAGAUGACUCAUUUAGAAUCCCAUGAUAACAGUCCUCACGCCCCAAAUGCAGAACAGACAAGGAAGACCCCUAGAAGAUGGAGAAAUUCCAUUUCCUGAUCAAUCCAAAUGUUAUAAGAGAAAAGACUACCAGAUACACAAUACCAAAUCCUGUGUUCCCUUGGCUUAUGUUUGAAAUUCUUAUUUUCUUUCCUAUCUAAGAGAGUAGUCAAAGGGUUACUUUUCCUUCCCCCGAAAAUUUUCUUGAUUAUAGGCAUCAAUUUAUUCCUA